AUGUCAAAGAAAGGUGAAGGAGUGGGUAAACCGACGACUCCAAAAGUGAAGGAUAAGAAGAACCAUCAAGAAGAGAUGGCGAAGGCAGAGCAAGUAGACGUUCUCGUCCACCGUCGCGGUUUGGCUAAAGGUAAGCUAACCAGAUUAUUUAACUAUUUGUUCGACAAUGAAGAAGAAGAACCUCAAUUAAGUGAGGCCCAGAUUCGACACUAUCUUAAGAAGCUAGAUGCUGUUCAGAAGGACUACAAUGACCUAAAUGAACGCAUCUUACCGUUAGUCCCUGCUCAAGAUCUAGCAGACCACGACCAGCACUAUGUGCAGUUCGAUGAACUUCAGGAUAAAUUAGCCGUAAAGCUCGAGGAGCAACUAGCUAAGCUGCAAGCUACCGCAGCUGCGCCUGGAGCUACCAUAGCCACCGCACAUCCUCAAGCUCCCAUUAUUGUUCACCAACCUCUGAAGAUACCAAUUCCCACUUUCGAUGGUCGCUACGAGAGCUGGCCAAAAUUUAAGGUAAUGUUCAAGGACCUGGUGGAUAAAACUCCUGAUCCCCCAGCUGUCAAACUAUAUCAUCUCGACAAAACUUUGAUGGGAAGUGCAGCUGGUAUAAUCGAUGCAAAAACCAUCAGUGAAGGCAACUACAAUCGUGCCUGGGAGAUCUUUGAGGAGAGAUACGAGAACAAGCGUCAUACCAUUGACAAACACAUUCAUGGUUUGCUGAAUCUAAAGAGGAUUUCCAAGGGAACCUACGAGGAGUUGAGGAGUUUGUUGGAUGAAUGCUCUAAACACGUCGAGAGUCUGAAGUUCCUGGAGCAGGAGUUCAUAGGAGUAUCGCAGAUCAUCUUGGUGCAUGUCCUUGCAGCCGCGUUGGACAGAGACAUCAGAAGGCGCUGGGAGCACACGGUCAAGCACGGCGAUCUUCCCAGCUAUGAUCAAAUGAUGAAGUAUCUUAAGGAAGAGUGCUUCACUAUGGAGCGAUGCGAUGAUUCAUCCACAAAGCAGCAUCACUUACAAGCUAAACCAUCCGCAGUUGCAACCAAACAAAGUCAAAGGUCCCUCACAGCAGUUGGCACGGAUUCGGAAUCAAGAUGUGACUUUUGUGGAAAAGGUCAUCUCAAUUAUACAUGCUCGGAGUUCAAAGGAUUGUCGAUUCAGCAACGAGUAGUCAAGGUAAGAGAGAACAACCUGUGCUUCAACUGCCUAAGGAAAGGUCAUCGUGGUAGUAAUUGUCCGUCAGACAGAACUUGCAACAAAUGCAAGCGCCGGCAUCAUAGUCUGUUGCACGCUGAGGAUAAACCUAAGCCGACACCCGAAGAAGAACAGACCACACCAUCAACCCAACCGCAGAAGAAAGAAGAACAACAGCCGAAGCCAUCGGAAGAAGCAACAUCCGCUAGUUGUAGCAGCGAGAGAUUGCCUACCCAACAAGUGCUACUUCUUACAGCAGUGGUGGAUAUCAUCGAUGAAAAUCAAAAAACCCAUCCGUGUCGCGUUUUAUUGGACAGUGCGUCACAAGUUAACUUGAUUUGCAAGCCAAUGAUAGAGUUCCUGGGUUUGAAGCGGUUUCCUUCCAACGUCGUCGUUGCAGGAGUGAAUAACACGAAGAGCCAUGCGUCAAGCAGUUGCGUGGUGCAGAUUCGUUCAAGGCAUUCUGGUUUCAAUGCCAACGUGAAGUGUUUGGUGACUGAAAGAGUAACGGCGGAUUUGCCAUCUUCCACGGUGAAUGUAUGCCCAUGGGAGAUUCCACCUGGUAUUCAGCUUGCUGAUCCGAUGUUCUACGAGACUGGAAAGGUAGAUAUGUUGCUCGGAAAUCAGCUGUUCUUGAAAUUGCUACUGCCAGGAGAAACGCAUUUGGCUGAUCAUCUCCCAAGUCUGCGAGAAACCCAACUGGGCUGGGUCGUUGGUGGGGUUUGCGAUGACACAAUGUCCGAUGCAGUAGUCCAUUCGCAUUCACUUACGCUUGAGGAGUUGGAUCGAACUGUCAAGAGGUUCUGGGAAAUUGAAGAAGUUGCAGGUGUGAAACUAUCCUCGGAAGCUAUAGAGUGUGAGCAACAUUUUCAAGAAACACACCGUCGUGACGAAAGUGGGAGGUACGUCGUCCAAUUGCCUCUCAAGGAGAAUGUCAGUAAAUUAAGAAGUUCCCGUUCACUGGCCCUUAAGAGGUUUCACAACUUGGAGAGACGGUUAGCACAAGAUCCAAAUUUGAAGCAACAAUACGUCGAGUUCAUGACUGAGUACGAGCAGCUCGGUCACUGUGAAGAAAUUUCCGAGAGUGAAGUAGUUAAGGAUGGUGCGUGGUACCUACCGCACCACGCCGUCUUGCGUCCGUCGAAUACUACUACCAAGUGUCGAGUGGUGUUCGAUGCAUCGGCAAAGGUUAACGACCUUUCGUUGAAUGAUGUCAUGAAGAUAGGAUCGCUUAAUCAGUGUUCUUUGGAUGAGAUAACUCUUCGUUUCCGAAUUCCACAUUAUGUCCUGACUACGGAUGUAGCAAAGAUGUAUCGUCAAGUGUUCCUUGAGAAGGUACACAGAUGUCUUCAUCGAGUAUUCUUCAGAUUGGAUCCGUCGCGUCCACUUCGUGUGCUGGAGUUAAAAACCGUAACCUAUGGCACUGCUUCAGCACCUUUCCUAGCAACAAGAGCAUUGUUACAGGUAGCACUCGAUGAAGGGCACAAUUUUCCAUUGGCAGCCGAAAUUGUCAAGAACUGUUUUUAUGUAGAUAAUGCACUUUUCGGUUUCGACGACAUUGAUGAAGCACGUGAAGCACAGUCGCAGCUGAUCCAUCUCUUGGAGGCAGGUGGAUUUCAUUUGCACAAGUGGGCUUCUAACUGUCCAGAUCUAGUCGAGCAUAUACCGGAAGUUGAUCGUGAAGAAUUGGUGAACAUUGAAGGAAUUGGAGUGAACGAAGUGAUCAAAACGCUUGGUCUGCUGUGGAACCCGUGCUCGGAUGAACUGAUCUUCGUUGCAAAGCCAUUUCCUGAGAUAGCAAAGCCGACGAAGCGUCAAGUACUGUCGUUAGUUGCAAGUAUGUUCGACCCUCUGGGGUUAGCUGCACCGGUGAUUGUCGUUGGGAAGAUGCUGAUGAAGAACGUUUGGAGUGAGAAGAUCGAUUGGGACGAAGAAUUAAACAGUGAAUUGGUCAAGAAUUGGGAAUACUUCUUGAAAUGCUUAAGUGGUGUGAAGAAGAUCCGAAUCCCUCGUCGAGUGGUGUCAUCUGAUGCUAUUGCCUUUGAGAUCCAUGUUUUCGGAGAUGCGUCCUUGGAAGCUUACGGAGCCUGUGUUUACAUAAGAUCAAUUAUUCCUGGAAAGUCCCAUGAGAUGAAGAUGUUGACUGCAAAGUCGAAGAUAGUGCCGAAGUCAGUACUGACGGUUCCGCGAAAAGAACUCUUGGCAGCUGUGUUGUUGCAUCGUCUAGUGAAGAAAGUGUUGGAAACUUUGAAACUGCCUUUCCGGAAAAUAGUGUUGUGGUCAGACAGCCAAAUCGUGCUAGCGUGGCUGAAGAAAAAUCCCGAACAGCUGGAAGUGUUUCUUAGCGCGCUGCUUGAAACGACGACGUCGCGUGCCUCUCAGCAGCACAACCGGAGCUGGUUGGAGCUCCCGGUGGGGCAGAUUUCGAAACAGCCAGUGCACCCGGAUGGACUCAAAGUCGCUCAAUUGCAAUUGCACCAUCAUCGUCGGUAG